AGCUACCAUGCAUAAAGAAGAAAAUCAGCCAAUGCAAGUCAAUUUCUAUUUUCCACCUGAAUCUCGACGGGAAUGGGAUUCCGAUUGCAUCGGCUUCUGAUCAGAUGCCGACGUUCUCACGAAGUGUGGGGAGAAACGGCACUUUUUCACUUUAUAUCAAAUAUCUGUCGUUCUAAUGCAAAAUGAUCUCCGGACUGGCUCAUGUCAACCUCUUGGUUUCAGAGGGAACGCUCGACCAAGCAUCUGAGUUCUACGAAGGCACCCUCAAUCUCACCAGUGCCCCUGUGCCGCACCUGCAGAAGGGAACUUUGCUAUGGUUCAACAUCGGUGACAGCGGCCAGCAAGUCCACAUUGCAUUCGGGACCAACGAGCCCAACUCCAGGCGCCAUCCAUGCUUCCGCGUCGAUUCCCAGGAAAAACUGCAGCAACUACAGCAACGAAUUUGGGACCAUUAUGUCCGAGGCGGUGCCGCUGCGCCUCUCCAAGCAGACAAACCCGGGGAGUUGAAUUCAGGGGCAGAGGGGGUUGAAUACCCGACUCGGUUUUUUGCUAGAGAUUAUGCAGGAAAUCGGCUGGAGUUUAGUCUUUAGUCUCUCUUAUUCUCAUUAUCUUGUCCGGAUGGCAGUUUCUAGUAUUUUUCACGGACUGCCAUGUCUUUCGAAAUCGAGAUGCAACUGUCCGUCCUUCCAAAUGGCAAAACUUCUUUUCUGCA